AUGGAACAGUUAGUUUCUUUACUUCAAAAAAAGCAACUUCAGAAAGAAGAGAGAUUAAAAUCUCUAAUUAAGAUCAUAGAUCGAAGGAUUGUUCAAAAAUUGUAUAAUUUAAGAAACUACGCCUUUUUUAAAAUCAAAAACUUCAAAAUAGCCAAUCGAAACAAUAUCAAGUUAUUGUCAGAAAAGGAUGACGAAAAAGGUACCUUGUAAAUUAACAUUUCAAAUACUAAUCAAUUUAGAGAAGCAUUAUAUUAAUUGCAAAAUUAUAACCUGGUGCAAUUGGAAAUAUUGAAAAAAGAAACUCUGUGCAGAAUGAUUUUCAUUUUGCAAAAAAGAAUCAAUCAUCAUUAUAGACAUCUGCUAAUCAAACUUGUAAAUAAGAAAUCAAGAAACAUUAUCCCAUUUUUAAAAGUGUUCACUUACAGAUUCAAUUAUCAAUCAAGGUUUCUCAAAAUAUUACAAAAGUUUUAGAGAAAUAGAGAGGUUUCAUUACAAAAAGAAAUGAAAAAAUAGGAAGCAAUUUCAAAAUUUGUAAUGGCUUUAGAAAAUAAAAAAUUAGCUUGUUUUUGUUAUUGGAAAAGAAAAUUUCAAAUUAAUUAAAAUGAAUAAUCGUAUAUUGACAGUAAAAGGUAAAAUGAGUUCAUAUAACUAACAUUUUAAAUUGUUGCUCUGCUCUCAAAAUAGAAAUUCAAGGUACUUUCCAAUGCUUUCGUAGAUUUAAAAAAGAAUAAACAAAGAAAUACUCAAAAAAUUGUAAUUAUGUUUAAUUUUAAAAUUCUAUUUAGAAGGUUGAUGCUAAAAAACCUUUCGUUUUCCUUUUAUAAAAUAGUUUGUUAUAACAGAAAUAAUCAAGGUGCAUAAUGCGCAAAUGUUGACAUAAUAAAAAACUUAUCUGUUAUUUCAAGCAAAUUAAACUCAGGUUUGAAUCAAGCACACAUGAAAUACCAGAGGAAAAGAAGAAACCUCAUUAUCUAUAAAUACUUAUCUAAGAUUAAUAUGAAUGAAGAUCAAAUGAUUAGUAAAUACUUUACAAAGUGGAAAAGAAUCUUAAGCCAAUUUAAUUUUUAGAUGAGAAUUAAAAUUAUUCAACAAAGCAAAGAGCUUGAAGAAGAUCAAUAAUUGUUAGUGUAAUAAUACAAGUAAUUAUCCAUUGAAAAUUCUGAAUUGCAAUAAAUGUAUUAGUAAGUAUAAACUUAUUUUCAUACUCCAACAGGAUUAUCAGUAAAGAAGUCAGAAACUAAAUAGAAUUAAUAAAUUAUUAUGGGAUAGCAAUAAGCCUACUAAUUGCAAUCAUAAUAACAAGAGGCAUUCUGGGAUGAGGAUUUAAUGUAAAGUGAAGACUAUUCUCCAGAAUUCGUAGAAAAUAUAGAAAAUCAAAAUGUAGAAUUAAAAUAUAAGAUUGAAGAGUAAUAAGCAAAACGCAAUAUGUAUUUAGAAGAAUUUUAAAGUAGGAAAUAAGAACUAUUGCAAUAGAUUGCCCUAAAGAAACAAAUGUAAAAUGUUUAAUGA